CGGCGGCGGCGACGCAGCGGCAAGCAGUGGCGGCGGCAGGGCAGCGGCGGCGGCGGGGCAGCGGGGGCGGCAGGUUAGCAGCGGCGGCAGGAAGCAGCGGCGGCGGCGGGCGGCAGCGGCUCUCGAACACACCUCAAUGAAAGCGGCGGUGGAAGCUGCUGAGCAGAAAGACGUAAGCAAGCUAACUAGCUGGCGGCAGCGAGAGGGGAUGUAACCUUUUCGGCUCAAGGCUGCGAGGUGCGUAACCCCGAGCGGACCCAAUGCCAGCGUUGCCACAGGUGAUUUGAUUUCCUGUGACGGUAGCUUAGUCAGCCAGGCGUGUUUCGUAACAUUUUUACUUUAAAGUCCUUUUGGACUAGGUGCCAUCUGGAGCAGGGGCAAGACCCCUAGUAAAAGUCGUACUGUUGAUAGACUGACGACCAAAAUUUUAAGUGUCUCCUCCCGUAACCUCCUCUCCGCUCUGCGAGGCAGAUGGGAGCCAUGGCUUACCCCUUACUCUUCUGCUUCCUGCUCGUUCAUCUGGGAUUGGGAGUUGUUGGCGCUAGCCGCGACCCUCCGGGUCGGCCGGAUUCCCCUCGAGAGAGCACCCUGAGGGCGAAGCAGCACUCCCAGCAGUGGGCUCGAGCCUCUGCCUCGGACGCCUCAGCUCCCUGGAGCCGCUCCACCGACGGCACCAUCUUGGCGCAGAAACUCGCCGAGGACGUGCCCAUGGACAUGGCCUCUUACCUCUACACCGGGGACUCCCACCAGCUGAAGCGAGCCAACUGCUCCAGUCGCUACGAGUUGGCGGGCCUGCCGGGAAAGUCGCCUGCCCUAGCCAGCUCCCAUCCCUCCUUGCACGGGGCGCUGGACACGCUGACACACGCCACCAACUUCCUCAACAUGAUGCUGCACAGCAAUAAGUCGCGGGAACAGAACUUGCAGGAUGACCUGGAGUGGUACCGGGCACUAGUGCGGAGCCUCCUGGAGGGUGAGCCCAGCAUCUCCCGGGUGGCCAUCACCUUCAGCACGGAGUCGCUGUCCGUGCCGGCCUCGCAGGUCUUCCUCCAGGCCACACGUGAGGAGAGUCGCAUACUGCUCCAGGACCUGUCCUCCUCGGCACACCACCUGGCCAACGCCACGCUGGAGACCGAGUUGUUCCACGGCCUCCGGCACAAGUGGAGGACCCACUUACACCGCCGCGGCUCCAAUCAGGGGCCCCGGGGCCUGGGCCAUAGCUGGCGGCGCAGGGACGGACUUAGCGGGGACAAGAGCCAUGUCAAGUGGUCCUCGCCUUAUCUGGAGUGCGAGAACAGGAGUUACAAGCCCGGGUGGCUGGUCACUCUCUCCGCUGCUUUCUAUGGGUUGCAGCCUAACCUGGUCCCGGAAUUCAGGGUCUCUUAUAAAGUUGGGAAAGGUUACAGGGUUUAUUCCAGUGUCCGAUUUCUCCAACAAUGGAGCUCUAACAGUAUCACCCUGGGGGGCCGCCGAGAGCGAGCCGGACUGCAGGAAGCACUCCACUGACCACAGCCCCCGUUGCUCCUCCCGCCUGCCCUUCUCUUCUACUUGAGGACCUCACAUUCCUCACAAAAGAGAAUCUUAUGUCGCUAUGCCUUAUGUCCAGUCUGUUCUCUGGGUUUACCCCUUGGUUGUUUUCAUUCAAAUUCAGAAGUACCUGUAGCGUACCUC